UAUCUGUCAUAUAGAUUAGUGAGAAAGAAAUAACAGUAAUACAGUAGUACGCACAAACGCGACUGUGAUGAAGGGCAUUACAACACAAGUGUGGGUUUAUUAAACGAGCCGAAGGCGAGUCCGUAUAUCGUACUUCAAAUGAAUAGAGAUUCAUCAACGAAGUAAGAUAAACAUGGAAGCCGCUUUUAAGAACAUUACCGUUCAAAUUCUUGGCACCGUUUAGCACACAUACACAAUUACGCCUACAUUUACACAAGACAAUACGUUUAUUUACAGACCCUGUAAUCAAAACUGGUAAACAAAACAAUAGUCAUCUCUUUUAUACUAAUGCACACAGAUACGUAGGUAGCGCCAAAAAUUCCCGGCCUGACAUGUUUAGACUUGCUUCAGAAAAAUCGAACUAGUGCUAACGGAUAGUGAAAGACCUUUAAUCGUCACAGACGUUGUUUACGGGUUCAUUCGUGCUUCUACUAUUUUGUUGUAAAAGUUAUUUACAAAAAAUGUCGACCGUAUCAAAAAUUGAAUAUCGUGCAGUCAUAAAGUUUUUAACAAAAGAAGGAAAUACUCCACAAGAAAUUAAGAAAAGAUUAGACGGUGUGUACGGGACUGCUGGACCUUCAUACACGACUGUGAAAGAGUGGGCAAAAAGGUUUCGCUUGGGGUACGAGUCCCUAGAAGAUGAAGAGCGUCCUGGUCGUCCAGCCGAUUCGAUCACCUCGGAAAACAUUUCUAUUGUGGAACAAAUAGUUCUUACUGAUCGCCGUUUGAAGGUAAAGGAAAUAUCUGCAAUGUCUAAUCUUUCCGAUACAGUCGUCCGUCGUAUUCUUCAUGAACAUCUGGGAAUGAAUAAAGUUAGUGCGCGAUGGGUUCCUAAACUUCUAUCCGCGAUUCAGCGACAGCGCCGUGUCGAGUGUGCACGGUCAUUUUUGGCGCUGUGUGAGGUGAAUCCUACACGAGUUUUGGAGUCUAUUGUAACGGGAGAUAAAACAAUGGUUCUCUACUUUGACCCCUUGUCGAAAAUGGAAUCGAUGGAAUGGCGGAGACCAGAGGAAGGAGCCCCGUUAAAGGCAAAGGUGUUGAAGUCGAAAAGAAAGAUUAUGGCCACAGUUUUCUGGGACUGCAAAGGCAUACUGUUAUUAGAUUUUAAAGAACCCAACACCACUAUAAAUGCGACUUAUUAUUCUACAUUCUUAACUACACUUAAGCAAAAAAUUCGUGAGAAACGUAGAGGAAUGCUCAGUAAAGGAGUGCGCCUGUUGCACGACAAUGCGCCUGUGCACACUGCGAGUGUAGUCCAAAUUGCAAUGAAAGAUCUUGGCUUCGAACAACUUGAUCAUCCACCUUAUAGCCCAGAUAUAGCCCCGUCUGACUAUUAUCUAUUUCGUGACCUGAAAAAAUCCUUACGUGGACGCCAUUUUAGCACUGAUGAGGAGUUGAAAGCUGCAGUGAUCGAUUUUUUUGACUCCAAGGAUACGGCUUAUUUUUGUAAAGGCAUAGAGCUGCUUAUCUCGCGUUGUAAUAAGUGUAUUGAAAUAGGCGGUAAUUACAUAGAAAAAUAAAUUAUUUUCAUGAAUCCAUCUAUUAGUUUUUCUACUCAGGCCGAGAACUUUUGGCGCUACCUACGUAAGUGUAGCUGAAAUGCAUAUAAUGUCACUAACUACCAAUCAGCGAUUUUAUUCGGCUAAUAACCUUCUUGCUGUACGUACUGGCAGCUAAGAAUUCGCAGUUCAUAUUUGACUAAAAUUUGACACGAAAAAGGAUGGGUUUAUCUCAUACAUUAAAGAACCAAGCAGAAAUAAUUUUAAUUUUAUGCAUAUUAAAAAAUAACUACAUAAUUAAUUUGUUAUGAAGUAACAACCUACAUAUGAAAAUAAUAAUUAUGUCGUACACGUAUGCCGCUAUAAUAAGUAUUUUUAUGGCUAGAUAAAUUCAAUUUAUAUCUGUAUAUCAAUGUACAGUCACGUUCAGGUUGUUGUCAGUUGCCAUCUAUUGUUAACAGGUGUUAAACGUAGGCUUUCAUUUUAUAAAUUUUACCUUUUCAGGGCUGGUCAGAUUUUUCAAUCGCCAGAUAAAUAAUAUCUGUCGAUAAAUGUCAGCUGUCACUG